AUGGAAGAAGCUAUUCGCGUGCAUGGACUUACCGCCGAGCGUAUAUUGAACAUGGAUGAGACAUCGUUUGCCUCGCGACACAAGUCAAAGGACGUUGUGGCUCUGAAGGAACUCAUGCACGAAAUCGAUCAAACGAAGAAAGAACGGGAUGCAGCGGCUAAGAAGACAAAGGAGAUGCGUGCAAUCCGAGCCAAAAAGAAAAAGAAAAAUGAAAUUACCUCGAUCGGCGCUGACGAGCAAGGCCUUGAUGAUGUGGACGGUGACGAAAACAAUGUCGGCGACGACAACGAAGACGCAGAGCUGGCUGAAUUCGUUUGCCUAGAGGAAUGGUUCCACGACAACCUUCGCUGUGACCAAACUGUCAUCCGCCGACUUGUGAACUUGCUACACCAACGUUUGCAACCCAACGAGCGUCAAUCCAGCCACUCCUUCGAGAAGAAGGUGUCCGUGACGCUGUACUUCUUGGGGUCCGAAGGUGACUAUCGAGAGACAGCGGCAGCAUUUGGAAUGGCCAAAUCGUGGUGUAUCACAGUCGUGGCGACCGUGGUGGAUGUGUUGGCGAGCCAAGCAAAGUUGUGGAUACGCCUGUCGACCUAUUCUGGUGACUGGAGUCGCAUCGAACGUGGCUUCUACAAGCACUCGAAUGGUGGUCGAGUGUGCGUUCGGGUGCCUCAAGGAGAGAUUCCGGAUUUUGAAAACCGUGAUGAACGAAAGAUCAUUGGACCGGACGGUCGCCAUCACUACAUGUUGCUUCGUACUGCACAACAUGUUUAUCCGCUUUAA